GCCCUAACCCUAGCCUGAAACUUUCACCAUCUUCGUCUUCUUCCUCUUCACAACCCUAAUUUCAAUCCACUUCUCACAUUCUCAGCACAAAAACAUGCUUCUCUAAUUCUUCCUUCACACGUAUUUGACCUCCACAGAUGCGAAGCUAUGUCUCUGGAAGCUUCGCUAGAACGACGAAAGCAGCCCCAAGCUCCCGGGACUGGCAAUGGAAAUGGCGUCGUCCCACCCCCCGCACAGUCUUUCUCAACCCACAGGCUUCGUCUCCAACCCAAGGAAGAUCACAAGUCGGAGAGCUAUGAAGACCUCCAAUUAGAAUUCAGUCCGGUCCUCUUCAGCAUGCUGGAAAGGCACUUGCCUCCGAGCAUGCUCAAUGUGGCACGCGACCUUAAGCUUCAGUACAUGAGGGACAUUCUACUCCGAUAUGCUCCCGAGGGUGAACGCAACCGAGUUCAGAGGCAUAGAGAAUACCGACAAAAGAUUAUAUCAAACUAUCAGCCAUUACACAGGGAGCUUUACAGCAUGCAUGCUGCAAACUUCUUUGUCCCCUCGUUUCUCAAAGCUAUCAAUGAGAAUUCGGAGGAGAGCUUUAGACGCAUCAUGUCUGAACCCUCUCCAGGAAUUUAUAAAUUUGAAAUGCUUCAACCACAAUUUUGUGAAAAGCUGUUAUCUGAGGUGGAAAGCUUUGAAAGAUGGGUUCACGAGACGAAAUUCAGAAUCAUGCGACCAAACACAAUGAACAAAUAUGGUGCUGUUCUCGAUGACUUUGGUUUAGAGACCAUGCUUGAUAAGUUGAUGGAUGAUUUUAUACGUCCUAUAUCAAGAGUUUUCUUUCCAGAAGUUGGAGGAGCCACACUGGACUCCCAUCAUGGUUUUGUUGUAGAAUAUGGAAUCGAUAGAGAUGUGGAACUUGGUUUUCAUGUGGAUGAUUCGGAAGUCACAUUGAAUGUUUGCUUGGGUAAACAAUUUUCUGGUGGUGAACUGUUCUUUCGUGGCAUCCGGUGUGACAAACAUGUUAAUACAGAGACCCAAUCAGAGGAAAUCUUUGACUAUCUCCAUGUUCCUGGGCAUGCGGUUCUUCAUCGUGGUCGUCAUCGGCAUGGUGCUAGAGCUACAACAUCUGGGCGUCGGGUCAACUUACUUUUGUGGUGCAGAAGUUCUGUGUUUAGAGAGUUGAAGAAAUACCAGAAAGAUUUCUCCAGCUGGUGUGGAGAAUGCCAACGUGAGAAAAGAGAAAGGCAACUCCUAUCGAUCGAUGCAACGAAGCAGGAGUUACUUAGAAGGGAAGUAAAAUCUCCUCCUUGAGCAGCCUACAAGGUGAAAAACUAUGGUUGAGGAGCUGUAAAUUUAACCAAAUAUGAAGAUGAUGUUCAUCAGAUUUGAAGUCUCUUCUGUCUUAAAGCUUUCGCCAUGUGCAGGUAAUGAGUGAUGUCCUGUAUUAUUUCGUGCUGCAUUACAUUUUGCAGGUGUAGCUGUACAUUUGAAAUGUUGUUGAUAGGUGAAAUUAUUAUUAUAGCUGUCAGAAAAAUUUAACCAAUUAGAAACCUGUUUGUGCCGAAUUGGAGUGAAUUAACAUGUAUUCUUAGCUUAUGAUACUUCCCAUACGUCGAAUUGAAUAUUCUGUUCAUAGUGCAGCAAUUUAUUACACUGCCCAUCAAGUCAGGGACGGCAAUGAGAUUGGAUUAAUGUGGCGAAACAAA